UAUAUCCGUUAACGAUGUGACCUUGUUGACUUUUGAUCACACCAAGCUUUUAUCCAUUCGUCCUUUCUCUUUUAUACUAGGUGUGGCAAAAGUGACUAUACAGCUAUUUCAAUUAAUACCUAGUUUAAUUGUUAACAUUUUACUCUGAAACAAUAAUUAAAUUGGUUUCAACUGUCUUCAUAAUAUUUUGUUUACUACCAACUACUACCUACAAGUAAGCUUAGCUCCCUCUACAUCAUGUGGCGAUGAGUGCAGAUAGGAUAAACAACCUCUGACCUCGCUGAUUAAUGUGUGUUCCCGAAUAAACACUCGCCACUUAUUUAUCGAUAUAUAGUCAAACUCUGAACAUUUCAAGGUUUAAGAACUAUCUGUGCAACGCGUUGUACAACUGACGUUUUACCAAACUCGCGGGUAUUCUUGAUUUUUUUGUUUGUUGUUGUUUAUCUGAUUAAUUGAUUUAUUGAAAAGUAACAUCCGAUAUUCACUGAAACAUUUGAACAACAAAUAGCUCACCUAAUCGAAAUCCGAAUUCCUUCAUAAAUCAGUGAAGAUCAACAUUACCUUUGAGUAUUACAAAGCGGUGAACUUCUGGUUAGGGUUAGCUUUGAAUAAUCCACAACAGCGAAUGUCAAGCUAGUUUCUACGUUGGACCUUUCACAAGAUGUCUGAUACCACAACUCCUAACAUUAAAUCCUCGAACGAAAAGAUCCUUCGUUCUCCUCGAACCGCUGUGGACAUUCCUAACGUCUCCUUACCUGAAUUUCUUUGCACAACCCUAGAGAACCACCCUGACAAAUAUCUAAUGAUAGCACAUGAUAAUUCUCGUUCUAUCACCAUUAAAGAAGUGCUUUUGUACGGAAAACGAUUCUCCAGCGCUCUCAUACGACGAGGCUUAAAGCUUGGAGACGUAUUUUGCCUUUGUUCUUCUAAUAAUGUGGAUUUUCCAGCAGCAGUAUUAGGUGUAAUGAAUGCAGGAGCCACCAUAACUCUAGGAAAACCUAUGGAUACAAAAGGAGAACUACAGUACAAACUGGAGAAGGCUAAUGCAGCUUACUUGUUAGUUGAGAGGGAAAAUCUGGAAAAGGCUCGAGAAGCAACGAAAAAUCUUCCGAAGUUUCGGGAAAUACUGGUGUUUGAGAAAACCGAAGGUUGCCCAUCCUUCACAGAACUUGUUGAAGAAGACGAUGGAUCUGCCUUUACCGGCCCUCCUAAGAUUGACCCUAAAGUAACACCGAUAGUGUUACCAUUUUCAAGUGGAACUACUGGUUUACCCAAAGCUAUUAUCCAUACUCAUUUUAGUUUUCUUGCAACAAUACUUCACACUAUGGAUCCAACUAUUUGGAAGUACCCUCGUGACGAAAUUGUUCUUGGCAUGUAUCCAUUCUGCCACGUGGCUGGCUUUCUGUUUCUGUUGAUCGGUAUGGCCGAAGGACUGACUAUGAUCAACGUACCAUCUUAUGACUCAGACUUGUUCUUGGAAGUAAUACCACGUCAUAAGGUGUCCAUCGUUUUAGCAGCUGUUUCUGUGAUAUAUUUCAUCUUGAGUGAUCCGAAAGCACGACAGUACGAUUUUACCAGUGUGAAGGAGAUCCUGACAAGCGGAGCUCCUCUUCGUCGUGAAGCCAACGAAGAAGUUCUCGUGAAAACCUUUCCUUUCUUACAUUCUGUGAGACAGUUGUACGGUUUAAGUGAAACGUUGUUUGUGUCUUGUACUGAAAAAGGAAAAACUAUACCGAAUUCUGUUGGAAAACUGUAUCCAUCAAUGGAAUUAAAGGUUGUAGAUAUUAUAACAGGGACUGCUUGUGAUGUUAACGAAAGUGGAGAAUUUCUUCUACGUGGUAAACAAUUAAUGAAAGCGUACUUAAACAACCCCACAGCUUUCUCUGAAGCUUUCACACCUGAUGGUUGGUACAAAACAGGAGAUUAUGGUUACUAUGACUCCGAGGGAAACAUCUAUAUCACAGACAGAAUAAAGGAAAUUAUAAAGACUGGAUUCCAUCAAGUUUCUCCUACUGAAAUAGAGUCUGUGUUAUUCAACCAUCCUGGUAUAGAGGACGCUGCUGUAAUUGGUGUUCCAGACAUGGCCUUAGGAGAAGUACCUUACGGGUUCGUUGUGACUAAGCUUAAUAGUCACGUAACACCAGAUGAUAUCAUUCACUUCACAUCAGAUCGUUUAGCUCCACAGAAACAGUUAAAAGGAUUGGAAAUUCUAAGCCAGAUUCCUCGGUCUGAUUUCGGGAAGUUGCAACGUAAUAUGUUGAAAGAACGUUUUCAGCUUCAAAGCAAGAAAUUUGCAGCAAAGCCUUCAGCCUGAGCUGUGACCGGGAAUUUGAAAUGUACUACAAGAUAAACAAGGUGCAACUGAAAAUAAAUCAGUACAACUUAUGUUACCAAUAAAUAUAAAUACAAUGCUAUUACUUUAUAUAUGUAAGCUACUGUUAUAUGCAUCUUGUCUUUUUUAGCAUUAACUCUCAAUAGCUUAGUUGUUUUUUAACUGCUCACUACCGGUGGGGCCUACAUAUUAAGUUUUAUUGUGUAAUUUUGUUUUUCCCUUUUACAAACUCUGUAUAGAACUGAUGAAAAAUUAAAUUUCUAUGCCAAAUACA